AAGUAGGCAGGGGGAGAAAAUGACAAGCAGAUAAGAAGCAGGGUUUCCUUCCCUCUGUGCUCCCCUCCGCCUUCCAAAAGUGGCUUCUCCCGACCUGUCAAAGCUGUCAAGGAGGAAGCCGGCAGUGGAGGCUGCUCUGCUUGACCUCCUGCCUUCUUUGAGGCCUGGACCAAAGGAAAGCCAUCUUUCUCUUGGGUUUUUAUUUGUUUUGCGUUUGCACCCUUCCUUGCCCUGCUUUUGCCACUGCACCAUGGGGGCCCUGGCCUGGCUCUUGGGGGGCGCGGCCGCCUUCUUUGCCCUCCUGGACGGCUGGUACUUUCUCCGGAUGCCCGUCCUGGUCAUCUACGCCCGGUGGGUGCUGCCCACGGUGUUUGACCUGCUGCAGGAGCAGAGCUUCCAGAGCCGGGUGCUGCUCUCCGACCUGGACUUCCUGCGGCACAUGAACAACGCGCGCUACCCCCGCGAGGCGGACCUGGCCCGCUCGGUGCACCUGACCCGCUGCGGCCUCUUCCGGGCCAUCCGGGCCCUCGGGGGCCACACCGUCCUGGCCGCCUCCUCCUGCCGCUUCCGCCGCUCCUUGCAGUUCCUGGAGCCCUUCCAGAUCCGCACCCAGGUGCUGGGCUGGGACGAGCGGGCCUUCUUCCUCGAGCAGCGCUUCGUCAGCAGGAAGGACGGCUUCAUCUGCGCUGUUUUGCUGGUGCGGCAGCACGUGGUGGGGGCCACCCCGGAGAAGGCCGUGCAGGUGCUCUGCGGCAGGAAGGUGGAGUCUCCAGAGCUUCCCGAAGAAGUCCACUACUGGAUGAAAUACAUCGAAGCCAGCAGCCGACGACUCCGGGCAGAAAGCGACCUCCUGUUAGAUAGCAAAGACCACUAGUGUUCUGUUUACUUGAUCCGUUUUGGAAUAUACUUGAUGAUGCCUCUUCUUUACGAUAGUCGUCGUGACGUCAACAAGUGACCCUUCUCCAUACUUUUGACUGUGGUAGCACCAGAGCCAGAGAAACGGAUGGUUAAGAGCAUCUCCAAAAAGACUGAAGACCACACUGGCAACACCUGAGAAGAUCUGGGCUCAGCUCUAUGAAGGAGAAACCUCACUUAUCCUCUUGAUUUGAGGGGUCACCACCAAUCCAAAGCACUGAAGAAGUCACAGAGUGAUGCAGUUUAGUCUUAUUAUGAUGGACUUGAAGGGUCAUCUAGAUCCAAACAAAUUAAUAAUAACCAAGUGGGAUUUUUUAUAGCCUUCCAGGUGUUGUUGGACUACAACUCCUAGCAUCCCUCACUGUUGGCUUUGAUGGUUGGGACUUGUAGUCCAGCAACUUCUGAAUGAGGCCCACAUAUUCCCAAAGUGACCAACUCUCUCUUGCCCUUACUCUUGAUGCCUUUAUGCUACCUCUUUAUUGCUUUACAUUGGCCUUCCUCGACUCUAGAUCUUUGGCAUCGCAACUCCCAUUGUUCCCUGAUCAUUGGAAGGGAACGAUGGUAGGUGUUGUCCUGAUCAAAACAAAGUCUAGAGGGGGUGGGGAAGGUUCGUUUAAAUGGGAACAGGGGUGUAUCCAUCCAAUCCCAACACAAAAUGCAGAGUGGGAACCAAAAGGGUUUCAUCAGGGCAUUAAAUCCGCUCUGGGUUUUAGUCUGAACUUUAAAAGGAGUCACCCAAGGUGGUGGAUGUAUUUAGUAGUUUCAAAUUUAUUCGAUGCUUAGACCAUAGGCCUUUCACAUGCAGGGAAAACAAACAAUGCCACAAUGAUGUAUGUAGUAGCUAUAUUCAAGGCCUUGGAUAGCAGCCAUAAAGUUCGGACUAAAACCUGGAGCGGGCACACACUUCUGAUACAGAAACCACCAACCAUCUAUCUUAUACAGGCUUAUGAAGGAACAAUACUACCCCUGCUGUGGAUCUGAUGUUCAUUUGACUGAAUGUACCAAAGGAGCACCUUUCGCACUUGUUCAUGUGUUAUUUUCAUGUCUUGGCGUAUUCUAUUACUUGUCUGGUUUGAUUGACAGUAGUACUGAGAAGUUUCUGACAGGGAGAUCUCAAAGCACUUAGGGACGUUUGUUUGUCUUUGCUAUUCAAUUACUGAGUUGUUUUAAAACAAGUUUAACCUCUUAGAGUAGAAAUACCUUUGUCCCUCCACAUUUGUUAAGGGUGCAGAAGUGGGAAAAAUUUUGAAAAUGAAUUAAAAUUGCAAACCCCAUUGUUUUAACCUGAUAAAACACUUUUUAAGGUAUUCAUAGGCUCUCCAGUAUGAUUUUAUUUUCGCCAAAGAAUCAAACUUGGAGGCAUUCUACAAAUACCUGAUAACCUAUCUUUUUUCCACUGGGUUGCUAUGAAUUUUCUGGGCUGUAUGGCCAUGUUCCAGAAGCAUUCUCUCCUGAUGUUUCGCCCACAUCUAUGGCAGGCAUCCUCAGAGGUUGUGACAUUUGCUGGAAAUUAGGCAAGUGGGGUUUAUAUAUCCGUGUAAGGUCCAGGGUGGAAGAAAAAAUUCUUGUUUGUUUGAGGCAAGUGUGAGUGUUGCAAUUGGCCACCUUGAAUGGCCUUGCAGAUUCAAAGCCUGGCUGCUUCCUGCCAAUCUGCAAGGCCAUUAAAUGUUAAUCAAGGUGACCAAUUGCAACAUUCAAUGGGCAAGAGUUAUUUUGCCCACCCUGGACAUUAUUCCACAGAUAUAUAAACCCCACUUGCCUAGUUUCCAACAGACCUCACAACCUCAGAGGAUGCCUGCCAUAGAUGUGGGCGAAACGUCAGGAGAGAAUGCUUCUGGAACCUGGCCAUUACAGCCCAGAAAACUCACAGCAAACCCAGUGAUUCCAGACAUGAAAACCAUCAACACGUCUUUUCUCAGUCAUGUAUAGUACAGCAAUGGAGGAAGAAAUAAAUAAAUACAUCAGUUUGCAAAUAAUUAAAUCCACAAAUGCUUCACCCUCCAGUGUGGAAGGACAACUGUAUAAACCUUUUGUGUUAAACAUCAACAACACUUGAAAUCUUUGUACGUUACUUAUUUAUUUAUUGCCACAUCCCAGGGGAUGUAAUUGUGUUUAAUUUUGCAGCAAAACCCAGAGUUGCGUCCUUAUUGUUAUUUAUUUAUUGUUCCCUUGUACGCUGAAUUUAAAAAGUGCUUUAAAAGCAAGUAAACGUGAUGCAAAGGGAGGAGACGGGCAGGGAAAACAGAUGUAUACUGAUGAUACAAGUGCUUACAUAAUUUAAUACGGGUUGCAGAGGGUUAGGAUUGGAGGAGCACAAGUGGAGACAGAUUUAGGAUAAUUGGAGCCAAUCGCUGGGUCCCAAUAAACCGGUGGAUCAGGCCUGCGGUUUCGCAACCAUUUUGCCACCGAGGAGUACGAUUUCUCGGUCUUAUCUCAGAUUUCUUGUGGGAAAAGAAAUACAAAACCAAGUUGGGCUCUAUUUUCCAUUUUGUUGUGCUUCUCCUCUCCCAUUCUGACACCACGCCAUUGUGUUCUGUUUGUGUAGUGAAAAAUAAACAUUACCAAUUCUUGAAUAA